AUGGAUCAAAAAUCAAACAAACGUAAAAAUUCAAUCGACAUAAUUCAAGAAGGUCCAACAAAUAAAGUAUUACGUCGAACAUCAUCUCUAGAAUCAUCAUCAUCUAAUUUGGGAAAAUCAAAUAACCAAUUUUUAGACAGAAUAACAGCUAUUUGGAAAACAACUUCAUCGGGUGCUAAAAAUUCACUAACCUAUGAGGGUCAAGACAUAAAAACUAAAAUAAAAGAACAUGAAGCAAAAUACGAACAUGCUGCUAAAACUCUUCAAUCAUGUCAAAGGGAAUUGGAAUCUUUAGAAAACAACGUUUCAGAAUUUAGGAUCAGUUUUGAAAAAAUAAUAGCUCAAAAUCAGAAUUUAAAAGAGAAACAUGCGGAUGCUUUAAAAUUGUCGGAAUCAUUUACCAAGCAUGUAAACUACAUUAAUAAUACAAUGAGUAGAUGUAAAGAUCAUGCUAAAGUUUUAGAUAAAAUGUACAAGGAUGUAAUAAUAAAAUUACGAGAAGAUAAUGAUCUUUUAUCAAAAAAAAUUGAUGAAUUGAAUCGAUUGAUCGCGAGUAAAAAAGAAGAGCCUAAAGUACACUUAGAACAAAUAAAAUUAGAACUGGUGGGAUUAAAAAUGAAAGAUGAAACAAUUCAUGAUAAUAUUUUACAACAAGAAGAAAAAAUAAGAAAAAUUAUCAGUCAAUUAAAAAUAAAUGAUGAGAUAAAUGAUCAUAAGAAAUCUUAUGAAAAUGAAUUUAAAAGUUCAAUUAAACAGCUGGAGGAAAGUUUAGUUGAAGAAGAGAAAAAGUCGUUGGAACAAAUGAAUUUAAUUGAAGAGUCUAGAAUUAAGGAGAUAAAAGAUUGUGAUCAAAAGAAGUUAUCUUUACUUUAUGAAGAGUGUAAUGAAGCUGAAACAGUUAUGAACAAUAUCCAGGAACAAAAAAGCGAGAUACUUAAGAAAUAUCAACAAAAAAAGAAGCUUGCUGAUUAUUCAGAAAAAAAAAGUAAACAACUAUUAUCACAGGUAGUACAUGUAAAAACUGAAUUGAAUAAAGUUACUUUGGCUUUACAAGAUUCUAAUGCCGAAAAAACAAGCCUCGAAAAAAUAAUAGAUGAAGUAUAUAAUAAUUGCUUGAUCAAAUUAAAUGAAUUUGAAUUAAUAACUCGGGAAAAAAGUAAAUUUGCAAGUGAGUUAAAAAUAUUAAAUAAUAAAUUUAAAAACGAGGAGGAAGAAACAAAACAGCUUUUAGAUGAAUUGGAAAAUAAAGAAAGUCAGCUUAAAGAAGCAAUACAAUCAAGUGACGAUGUUGACAAACAAGUUCGAGAUUAUCAAGAAAAUAAAGAAUCCAAAGUAGCGGAAUUGAAGAAAGAGUUAGAAUCUAUAACAAAAAGUGUAAAGAGUAUAUUAAACGAGAAUAAAGAAAUAAAAACAGAUAAUAGAAAACUUGAGAGAGAACACAAUGAGGAAUCAAAAAUACAAGCUAAUAAGUAUGAUGAGUGUUUGAAUAACCUAAACAAUUUUUCAAGCUCAAACGAUAAAAUUACAAAGGAAUUAACCACAUCUAAAAAAAAUUUACGCUCUUUUGAGACUAAAACCCAAAAAUUAAAAGAAGAAUACGCAAAAUGGCAAGAAACAGUUGAAAGUAAGUUGAAAAAUGUAAAAAAAGAUGUUGCCUCGAAAAAUAAAUUUGAAAAACAAUUGAAGGAAGAAUUAUCUAAAUUAAAAACUAACUUGGAAAAGUUUGAAAAAAAACGCCAACAAUUGAAAACUGACAAUAUAAAGAUUGUUGAACAGCAUAAAAUUCAAUCAAAUAUUGAACAGCAUAAAAUUCAAUCAAAUAUUGAACAUAAAAAUCAAUCAAAUAUUGAACAUAAAAAUCAAUCAAACAUUGAACUUGAAACUCACACAAAUAAUAAAUAUAAAAAUGUAACCGUUUUAAAAUCACCGUCAACGUAUCAAUCCCAAAAUCAGCCAGUUAAGGGCAGAAAAAUUCGAGUACUUGAAAAUAAGGUGGUAGAUAAAGUGGUUAAAUCAAUAUUGAAACCUCAAACCAGUUUACAAACACCUAAAUCACCCGGACGAAAAUUAAAAUUCAGUAUACCUGAAUAUGCAAAUUCCAAAAAAAGUCCAGAUUAUUUUGAUGCUUCAUCAAUUGAUGAAGAAUAUCAUAAGUUGUCGCAAUCGAUGUUAAGUUCUCCAAAAUUUCGAUCAUCACCUUCCCAAGGAUCUUAUUCAACUCCAGCAUCGCCGGCGACACCGACCCGGAAAAAAUUUUUUAAAAGUCGUGGCACUUCAUAA